GAGGUUGCUAGGAGGCCUUGGGCGCCUCGACUGACAUGUCUGAAGUCCCAGAAGAUUAUAAUUCUGACCUCGAUGAGAAUCUGAGUCUGCAGCCUAAAAGAACUAAAUCUGGUAAACUACAUAAUGCUAAAGCAGACACCAUGUCUGAGGUAAGCUCUAAGCUGUCCCCAAAUACUGACCGAGACCCAGGAAAUGUAGGAAAUGUGCCACUAGAGCCAACCAGGACAGGCAAGGAGGAUUUGGUGCCCGUAGGUAAAAAGCAUGAGGUGCCAGACCUACAACGACCGGACGUUUCAGUAGGUGUGUUCAAAGGACCAGCUACAAGAACAGGUGCACAGCUACCAACAAAAAUAGAUCCAGAGCAGAAGACACCAGAUAUUCGAAGUGAAAAACUAAGAAAAUCAGUUGAAGAGGAAGCUCUACCUCCAUUCAAGAUGACCACAUCGGAAAAGAAACAAAAAGAGUCAGUUAAAGAAAAAAGUACAGAGCCAUCUGAGGUAACUAAACCUAAGUUCCCAGACCGGAAGCUAAGGAAGUCUACUGAGGAAGCAGAUGUCAAACCUCCAGAGGAGCGUCAUGUCAGGUCCACAGAGCAGCCAGGCACAGAGCAACCUGAGCAGACUAAGUUCCCAGACAAGAAACUAAGACAGUCAACUAAAAAGAAAGUCUCAGAGCCACUGGAGGAUUCUGAAGAAGAAUCAAGAAGACCAAUUGAUGAAGCAAGUCUAGAACUAUCACAAAAGAAACCAUCAAAGGCUUCAAAGAAAGCACAAAAAAGCUCUUUUGAUGAAAAUUUCCCAGAGAUGCUAGAACAGAUUGCUCUAGGACUACUAGAUGACCAAGAGGAGACACAAGAAGAGGCCAUUAAGGAGAAAGUUCCAGAACCAUUAGGGGACAGGAAACCAUCAGCUCAAAAGCACAAGCUGAGAAAAUCAAGUGGAGGGUCUAAAUUAAAGGACACAUUAAUAGAGCCAAGUAAGAAGGACCCCGUGCUACAAACACAUACGGAACCAGAAUUUCCAAAGGAGAAACUAAUAAAUACAACUGAGAAAAUGGGCGACAAGCCACAGCAGAUAACUAAUCCAGACAUUCAAGAGAAGUCACGGCCAGAACCAACCGAGAAAAAUCUAGAGUUACCAAAUAAACCCAAGCCAGGAGAGACGAAGAGAGAACUUCCCAAGGAAGACAAGCCAGAAUCAAGCAAACCCAAGUAUCCUGCGGGCAAAGAGGAGCUAGCAUUACCUGCCAAGAUUAAAACUGAGUUUAUAGUAGGAUCUCCGAGAGAAAGUGUAGAAUCCUUCAGUACAUUGUACGAAACCCAGGAGUUCCUCAAAGACCUUCAGACUGAUAUGAACGAAUUGUUUCCAAUCACUGCUAUUUCAGAGUCUCAGACAGAACUGAGGGAGUCUACAGUUUUACCCCAAGAGGUGGAGCUACUAGGACGUAAAGAAUCCGAGCCAAGUCUUACCCCAGAGUUUGAGCAUCUUACCUGGAGCCCAGAAAGGGUUGCAGAGUGGAUUAGUGAUCUAGGCUUCCCUCAAUACAAGGAGUGUUUUACUGAAAACUUCAUCAAUGGCCAAAAACUUAUCCAUGUAAACUGCUCCAACCUUCCUCAGAUGGGAAUAACUGAUUUUGAAGACAUGAAGGCAAUAUCGUACCACACCCGAGUGCUGCUGGGGAUCGAAGAGCCACUGUUCAGCCGCAGCAUCAGUCUUCCCUACAGGGACAACAAGGGCUUGUUCUUUGAGCAGAAAGGGCACAGUGGAGUAAAGUCUGAUUCCUUGACCUUGGCAAAAUUUGUUGAAGCAGCAGGAUUACAGGAGUAUAAUCCAGAGAUAAAAGCUGAGGACAAGAAAGAAGACCCAGUGAUAGAAAGCGGCUCGGAAGAAACUGAGGCAAUAUAUCAGAUUUUCACAACAUGA